GGUCCUGCAGAGCGCUGACUGUCAGCGCGUUUCAGUGUGUGUUGUGUGUGUGUGUGUGUUUCUCAAAGCGUGAUAACGAGACCCGACGAUCCAUCAUCCGUGGUCUGUAGCGGUCCACGCGUGUGCGCAGUCGGGACGCAGCACCUGGCUCCAGAUCUCCAUCCUCUUCUAUUUAUUUAUUUAUUUAUUUAUUUAGUCUUCUUCUUUUCAUCUCCCACCCCUCCACACUGAGGCUGGGUGAUAAAAGUACAGGAGCUGCGGACUUUCCGGCUCUUCUCCAUCCGAGGAAGUGAACAUGUACCAGGGCCACUCUCAGGGGAAAGACCCGAGGGUGGUUGCCAUGAUGCUGAAGGAGUUCCCACGUAAGGCCUCCUCAGAUGGAAACCCCCUCCUCACCAUCACAACCAAGCUGGGUAGCGAGCACCAAGAGAGCCGACCGUUGCUGAGCCCAUCUAUCGACGACUUCCAGAGCGAGAGCAAAAGUGAUGGAGCCACACAACCGGUCACCUCUAACACAGCAGUUAUCUCAACAGCGCUGGAUCUAGUGGACCUGAGCGAGCCGUGUGAGAGGAGGUGGAGUUGGGAGCGUCGUAGCCCUCGCGCCGCUUUCAGGAACAGCCUCGGCAGGAACAAGACAGAAGAGACAGAGCUCAUCCAGGUGGAAGCCGAGCAGCUCUCGCCCGGACACCUGAACCCAGAGAGAGCCUCAUUAGACUCAGUGAGCAGCUCACCUCGGGACAGAUGGGACGAAGUAAGCCUCCAUCCAGACAGUGCCUGGGAAGGAGGGAGGAAGUGGAGGAAGAGGUGCACCUCACAUCACUCUUCCAGUGAGCUGCUCUGGUCUGCUGACUUUAAAAGCAACCUCUCCAACAAACACACCCUUGAGCUGAGUAUGAGCAUGGAGUCUGAUCCUGGGCCUACAUCACAUCGGCCCAAGCUCAGACUGGGAAGCUCUCUGUUCGGCAGGCAGCACUCUCUGGAGGAGGAAUUUGUGCGAGCCAAAGCUGCUGUGGAGUCAGACACUGAGUUCUGGGAUAAAAUGCAGGCCGAGUUGGAGGAACUCGCUCGAAGAAACUGGCUGGAGGACUCGGAGGGUAAAGGCCAGAUUCCGGCCAACCUUUCUCCUAAAGAGACGGGUUACUACUUUCACAUGAACAACCCGUACAAAGACUGGCCCAAUGCGUUCGAGGAGGGACUGCAGAAAUCCAGAGAGGGCGACCUGAACAGUGCCGUCCAGCUGCUGGAGGCAGCCAUUCUACAGGAUCCUCAGGACUCUGAGGCAUGGCAAGUGCUGGGAACCACACAGGCGGAGAACGAGAAUGAGCAAGCCGCUAUCGUCUGCUUGCAGAGGUGUCUGGAGCUGCACCCGAAUAAUCUGAGUGCUCUCAUGGCUCUAGCGGUAAGUUUGACCAACGCAGGACGGCAGCAGGAGGCGUGUGAGGCACUUCACCGCUGGAUCACACACAACCCCACCUACACACACCUCCUACAGGAGCGCAGUGCUUUGGACGGCUCACCACUGCCUCAACGUAGGGGCACCAGCAUUUCCCCCAUCCACACUCUUGGAUGCUCUCAGCUGGUAGAGGUGUUGGAGCUUUAUCAGGAAGCCGUGCGGCAGAACCCAGGCUGUGUGGACCCUGAUCUGCAGACGGGACUCGGCGUGCUGUUUAACCUCAGCUCUGAGUUUGAUAAGGCUGUGGACGCCUUUAAUGCAGCGCUGUCCGUACGGCCUGAGGACUAUCUGCUGUGGAACCGACUGGGAGCAACUCUGGCUAACGGUGACCGCAGUGAGGAGGCAGUUGAAGCGUACACCCGAGCUCUGGAGCUGCAGCCCGGCUUUAUCCGCUCCAGAUACAACCUCGGCAUCAGCUGCAUCAACUUGGGAGCACAUAGGGAAGCAGUGAGUAAUUUCCUGACUGCUCUGAACCAGCAGAGGAAAAGCAGGAGCCACCAAGUGAUGUCUAGCAGCAUCUGGGGGGCUCUGCGCAUCGCUCUGUCACUCAUGGACCUCCCAGAGCUUUUCCACGCCGCCAGCGUCGGUGAUCUCGACCUCCUCAUGCGGGCUUUUAAUAUGGACUUGUUACCCUGAACCUAAAAAUAUCUUGCUAAACUGAUGAGUGCAGCAAUGCUGGGCUUUUUGCUAAAAAAAAACAUAUUAGAGAAGGCCAUGCGACACACUCCAAGCACUUUUAGGGUGAUUUAUUUAUUUGUAUUUCUGCUGGUGUGUCUGGUAAUGAUUUGCAGUUUGCACACAGGAGAGUGUGGAUUUUAUAUAUAUGGCUGUUUUGAGAUAUGAUAAGAGUGUGUGUGUGUGUGUGUGUGUGUGUGUGUGUGUGUGUGUGUGUGUGUGAGAGGGACAUCAAACACAAGCACAUUUAAGGGAAGACUAAUUCAGAAUGUAGUCUUUCCUAUUGCAUUGUACAAUGUAAAUGCUGUUUGUACCCUUGAAUACGAACCAAAUUAUAGCAUGACAAAAACACAUUUAUGGUUCGCACAUUACCUUUAUUAACCUCUGAUCCCAUCCGUAUCAUACACCAUGAAUUCUUUUAGGAAAGUCCAGGAGAUUUUUCUUCGGCUACAUUAAAAGUGUCCAUCUCAAUCGGCGGUCAUAAAAAUACAGCCAUUGUUAAAGUUACAUAACUAUUCAGGAUAAGUGUUAUAACAUGUUAAUAUACCAUGAGUCCUGUUUUAGGAAAGAUUAACCAAUGGGGGGCAAAAUUUCGCAUUAAAUGUUUUGAGAUAACACUUUGUAAGGCAUGCUCAAAUAAUCUUCCACUACAUACUAGCUAUUUUAGUAGCAAGUCUACAGAGACAGUCAAGAAAGCAUGCUUAGCUGAGCUGCAGUUCCAUUUUCCGCCGCACGAUGUCACUGUUGCUAAAGCGAGUCACUACAAUGACACCAGGGUGAUGAGUGACAUUAAGUGCGUCUCUCCUCGGGACACAGCGGUCCCUCUGAGGCGUGUCAUGUGCCCAGGUGUGCCAGCAGGAUGUGUUGCCAUGAGCCAUCUGUGUUCCAGCGCUCCUCUUUGACUGCGCAGAGCUCGGGGGCUCCACAGGAGGCCGACUUCAAACGCCUCCUAUGAAAGGUCAUGACAAAAAAAAACCUUACAGCAUCAUGUUGAAAGUGAGGAAAUGUAUGAAAGUGCAAUAACACAAAAGGCCAAGCAGAUACUAAACCCAUUCCCAAGUACAUGCAAGUGACAAAAAACAGGUUCUUUAGAAUGUCAGAGGUUAUUUACAGAUUAUUUUGGGGUCAUAUUUAUUAUAAGAUCCUAUAAUUAAUUAAAUCUCACGAGUAUUAUAUAAUUAGAUGUGAAAAUACUGAAUCUUGAGGAACAAAAAAUUCAAUAAGAAAGUAACAAUGAAAAAAGUACAUCUUACAUCUAGGAAAUUAAAUUUGAAAAUUAUUGAUUAUGCAUAAAAAUCACGUGGAAAAAAUAAAAUCACAAAAAUGUAGAUAAAUUCAACCAUGCCUUAAAUACAUUAAAAGAAAGAAUCAUUUUAAUUGAAAUUAAAUGAAGUCACAUUGAAAUAUAUUUCUUACAUAUAUUCAAAAAUAUAUAUUAUUUAAAAAAUGUGUAUUUUAAUUGUCUGACGUAAAAAUUCACAUGUGAAAGUCGCAUGACUUUUGCCUCUAAGGUUUAGAAUAGAUUUUUGUUUCAGACACAACUAUGCAACAAGCCAUAUUUGUUUUCUAUUUUUUUUUUUAUUAUUAAAAUUGCUAAUAAAUCUCUUUAUAAUUGCUUUGUAUGAAAGCCUUAUUGGAAAAAAAUUAAUAACCGGAUUGUAAUAUUGAUUGUAUUCUUAAUAUAAUUUUUUUUGGAAUACAGAUAAAAUGAAAUGAUGAUGAAUGUACAAUCGGCUGUAAUGUAUCCAAAUCUCUAAUUUGCUGUUUUUAAUCGAAUGUUUUAAUCGAAUCUGCUGUUACUUGAGUAAUCGAAUGUUCUGUAUCAUAGCACCACUGCAUUCAUGACAUCCUGAUCCACAGCUUAUAUUGUAACACCUCCAGAACCUGUUACAACUGUGGAAACUCCUUCACCUUUUUAGAGACACAUGUGUGUUCCUUUUGGUUUCUAGGCAAGCUUGGUGAUGUAAUGGUAUGAAGAUAUACUAUGACUAAACGACUAUAAAUGUCCAGAUAUUCCACUUUAUUUGUACUGAAAAAUCCUUCGUUAGCAUGAAGAACAGCGUUACACAUUCUCGUAAAUUGGGACAGUUGGUCUCUUCAAACAUUUCUCUGAAACACUUAUGAUGUUCUUCACUAUUUGAGAUUCCUUUCUUGUGAUCCACUUCAUCCCAGAGCAGUUCAAUAAGAUUUAGGUGUGGUGACUGGGCAGGUCAUUCCAUGAUUGAUGUCGCUUCUGAUGUCAGAAUUCACAAUUGUACGGUGUUGAAGUACAGACCAGAAGCCAUGUUGUUUCAGUUUGCCUCUCACCUUCUUACAUCUUCUCUCCUGCUCUCCUUCUUAUACAAGUUCAUCUGUUAGAGACAAAAAUGUCCCGCUUGGACUCGUCUGUCCACAGAACUUUUUCAAGUCUGUCUAAUUCUUGUGUUUUUUCUUUUGCCUAGUUUGUUGCAUAGAAACAAAAGGAACAUACAUGUGACUCAAAAAGCAUAAAAGACCAGAUGUUUUCAGGUUUUUGCUCUGCGUAAAAUAUUUAUUAGGAAAACAACCUGAUUAUUACAGUAGAUUUGAAAUUGUAAAAGUUGUACAAAAUAUAAAAACUUUCAGCAUGUUAGAAUACGUCAUAUAUCCUCUGGGACUUUUUUGUAAAUAAGUCGUGGAAUUUAAAGAGGUGAAAUAUGAUCAUGUAUUUAUAACUGAUAUUAAAAUAUUAUUUUAGAAGGAUUCACUAUGUGUGUGUGUGUGUGUGUGUGUGUG